AAGAAAUUGGUUUUUAUUCAGCAAAAGUCGACCAACCACUGAAAUGCUCGGUCGCCUCCUCGCGACGAAGGCGCUGCCCCGCGCCGCCACCCGCGGCUUCGCCGCUGCCGCCGAAGGCCACAAGUUCCAGCUCGCCAACUCGUUCAAGCUCCACAACUUGGAGAGCGGCCCCGAAGGCGGUGACUAUGCGUACGCGACGCGUGAAGAGCUCCUUGGCUACUACAAGCUUAUGUACACGAUGCGCCGCAUGGAGAUCACGUGCGACAACGAGUACAAGGCGCGCACGAUCCGCGGUUUCUGCCACUUGUACGAUGGCCAGGAGGCUGUCGCGACCGGUGUCGAGGCUGCGUUGAACCGCACCGACUCGUGGAUCACGUCGUACCGCUGCCAUUGCACGAUGCUCGCGCGCGGCGGCUCGGUCACGGGCAUCCUCGCCGAACUCUUUGGCAACAAGAACGGCGCGAUCGGCGGCAAGGGCGGCUCGAUGCACUUUUACAACAAGAAGAACAACUUUUACGGCGGCCAGGGUAUCGUCGGCGCGCAGGUGCCGGUCGGCGUCGGUCUCGCGUUUGCGAGCAAGUACAACCACAAGGGCGACGGCCCGAUGCCGUGCUCGAUCACGAUGUUCGGUGACGGCGCCGCCAACCAGGGCCAGAUCUGGGAGGCCGCCAACAUGGCGGCGCUCUGGAAGCUCCCGUCGAUCAUCUGUAUCGAGAACAACCACUACGGUAUGGGCACGUCGACUGAGCGCCACUCGUCCAACCAGGUCUACUACACGAUGGGCAACAAGAUCCCGGGCAUCUGGUGCGACGGCAACGACGUCCUCGCCGUGCGCGAGUGCGUCAAGUUCCUCAAGGAGUGGACGGGCGCCAACAAGGGCCCGAUCUACGUCGAGAUGUGCACGUACCGCUACCACGGCCACUCGAUGUCGGACCCGGGCGUCACCUACCGCAACCGCGAAGAAAUCUCGUCCAUGCGCGCGUCGCGCGACCCGAUCGAGAGCGUCAAGAAGCGUCUCUUGGACGCCAACCUUGCGACCGCCGACGAGAUCAAGGAAAUCGAAAAGGAAGUCCGCAAGGAGGUCGUCGAGGCGACGAAGGAGGCCAAGGCCGAGGGCCGCCCCGACGAGGCGAUCGCCUUCAAGGAUAUUUACACGGACGGCAACGGCAACAACGAGUUCCCCGAGUUCAUCCGCAUGCCCGACUUCAAGAAGAGCCUCUACAACGGCAAGCCGCGCAACUAAACCCCUCGUUUCCUCUACCUCUAAUACAUCAUACAGGCGUCUCCCUCUA